AUCACUCGUUGCUGCCUUAACCUGUAAGCCGCAACCGUGGUUUUUUAACUGUGAUAUUUCUUGUGAUUUUCCACUCAAAAGUACCUUUUACUGGUAAACUUUUCAGUUUUUCAACUUUCAAUGCAUCUGUCCGAUAAUGUAAACCGAGUAGCUCUCCUUUUCGAUUAAGACCGUCGCAAGGGAAUGGGAGAUCAAAACUGGAGACCAUUCGUUUACGGAGGACUUGCUUCUUGUGUUGCGGAGUUUGGAACGUUUCCCAUAGACACUACGAAAACGAGAUUGCAAGUGCAAGGUCAGAUAUUAGACGCGCAGCAUGCCGAACUGAAGUAUCGUGGCAUGAUAGAUUGUUUGCUGAAGAUUUGGCGGCAGGAAGGGUUCGGUGCGUUAUACGCGGGUAUUUGGCCGGCGGUGCUACGACAGGCGACCUACGGUACCAUUAAGUUCGGGACGUACUAUUCCUUGAAGAAGUUGGUAAUUCGCCAGUACGGAAACGAGAGUGUCGCGUUGAAUGUUGCCUGUGCGGUAACGGCGGGUGCGGUUUCAAGCGCAAUUGCGAAUCCGACCGACGUUCUAAAAGUUCGAAUGCAAAUCCGUGGCUCCCACGGUAACGUGAGCCUGGUCGGUUGUUUCAAAGACGUGUACGCUCAAGAAGGGAUUUCUGGUUUGUGGAAGGGUGUGAAUCCUACGGCACAAAGGGCGGCCGUAAUUGCCGCAGUUGAACUGCCCGUUUACGAUUUUUGCAAAAGUCAUUUGAUGAGCGCAUUUGGAGAUCAAGUCGGAAAUCACUUCAUCUCCAGCUUUGUCGCUAGUUUAGGUAGCGCGGUGGCUUCGACUCCGAUCGACGUAGUUAGGACACGAUUGAUGAACCAGCGGAAUCUGAAGGUCGACCGAGAGAUCUCCAAGACUCACAUUUACAAGGGAACGGUCGAUUGUUUCAUCCAAACGUUUAGGAACGAAGGUUUCUGGGCAUUUUACAAAGGUUUUAUUCCGGCGUGGUUCCGCAUGGGCCCGUGGAAUAUCAUAUUUUUUAUAACUUACGAACAACUAAAGAAGUUAUAUUGAUAGGCAUUUAAAUUGUAUUUAUUUAAAAGAACGGAGUGUGAUCUUAUUUAUUUAAACUUGUUGUGUGUGUGUACAUUAAACUUGCACAAAGACUAGAAAUAAAUGUUACUCAUCAUAAUAAAUAAUUAUUCAAU